UCUCCGGCUGCUGCACCGUUGCCGAGACACCGACACGGAGAAGGAGGCCGGGUCCGGGUCCGGGUCCAGGAGACAUACUACAGGGAUGGAAAUAGGAACUGAAAUCAGCCGCAAGAUCAGAACUGCCAUUAAGGGAAAACUGCAGGAACUUGGGGCUUAUGCAGAUGAAGAGUUACCCGAUUAUAUCAUGGUUAUGGUAGCCAACAAAAAGACCCAAGAUCAGAUGGCAGAAGAUCUUGCUCUCUUUCUGGGAAAUAACACUGUCAAAUUUACUGCAUGGCUGCAUGGUGUCCUUGAUAAACUACGUUCUGUAACAGUUGAACCCACCACUUUAAAACAGCAAUCAAAUUACUCAGAUUGUAAUCUGUUGUUAUCUACGGAAAAGAAUCAAGCAGCAAUUAGUGGAAGCAUCGAUCAAAACAAUGAUAUUCGUAUUCUUGCUGCUUCUAGCACGCUUUCUGAGAGAAAUGAUUCUCGUGUUUCUACCAGCUCAUUACAAGAGCAAGCAAUGCCCACUACCAGAACACCUGUGGAGAGGAGCACACCUCAGUUAACAUCUGCAGUGAAGCCUUUGAUGGAGCUGGUCUCCUCUGAAGCAGUUAUUGAUAUCAAACCUGAACCAGAUGAUCUUAUAGAUGAGGAUCUUAACAUUUUGCAAGAAUUUCCAUCAUCAUCUAAGAAGAAACCUGUGGUGACAGUUAGUUAUAACGUAUCUCGUCCUUCACUUGAGGUCUUUAGGCCAGAAGAAAAUGUUUCACAUCCCUGCAGGCCAACUGAGAAUAGCAUUCAAUCUUUCAGGGUUCCUCAGAACAAUGUGCAACCGUGUAAAUUAGGAGAAGGGAACUUCCAUGACUAUAGGCCAUUAGAAAAUCCUGGCCAUGCUUACAGAUCAUAUGAAAGCAGCUUGGAAGCUUUCAACAGAUUAUCAGAAAGUGAUGCACAGGUUUGCAGGGCAUCAAAGUCUCAUUCUGAUCGACCAAGUAGAGAUAAUGAGAAUUCGAGGAAGAGAAAGGCAGCAAUCAUCAGUUCUGUGGUUAGAGUAAGUAAAACUAGUGAUGGUGAGGAGGAAGAUGAUGAUUACGGCACAAGGACAGGAAGUCUUCCCAGCAGUAUUUCUGUGCCAGCAAAGCCUGAAAGAAGGCCUACUUUACCACCUUCUAAGCAGGCCAAUAAGAAUCUAAUACUAAAAGCUAUCACAGAGGCCCAGAAAUCUGUAAGCAAGACAACAAACUAUCCACCAGUAGUUUCUCAGAGACAGACUGUCCCUGUGGCACCUAGAACUCGGGCUGUAUGUGAAAGCAAUGAAAUUGAAGUGAUUCAUGUAGAAGACAAACCAGAUCAACAUAGCGUGCAACUACAGAUUGAUAAAGCUGAACAGCCUGUACAAAAGCUUUACUUGAAAUCGGUAGAAGCAAGAACAGGUGGUGACACUAGAUCGUUCAUCUUGAAGAAACCUGUAUUGGAAGGAGUGGAACCCAAACUCCAGGGAAAAGUUGCAGUUUACAUUGAAGGUGUAUCAGCAGAACAAGAUCGUGUGGUACAAGCCAAAGAUCAACGUGACUCUGAGGAAUCAAGUCCUAAAUUUAUUGUGACAUUGGAUGGCAUUCCCAGUCCUCCUGGAUAUAGUUCAGAACAAGAAGAGGAGGCAGAAAUAAUGGAACAAGGGGGUCUUCUGCAAGAGGCUGGAAGGAAAUACAGAUUGUCAGCACAGAAUGCUGCUGAGCCAUUGAAGGAAUCUGAUGAAGAGAUUGAUGACCACAAUUUUCAAGUAAAACGGCAAAAAGUUCUAGAGCGAUGCAAGUACUGGCCUGCAUGUAAAAACGGUGAUGAAUGUAUGUAUCAUCAUCCUGUAGCUUCAUGCAAAACAUUUCCAAAGUGUAAAUUUGGGGACAAGUGCCUGUUUAUUCAUCCAAAUUGCAAAUAUGACUCCAAGUGCAUUAGGCCAGACUGUCCAUACACACAUGCAAGCAAAAGGACUACGGUAGUUCAAAAACAGCCAGCACCCGCAACAAAUCCAAGCAGUUCUUUGUGUCGAUUUUUUCCAGAUUGCAAAAAGAUCGAGUGCCCUUUUAUCCACCCAAAGCCAUGUCGAUUCAGCACCCACUGUAAGAGAGCUGACUGCACAUUCUACCAUCCUGCAGUUACAUUACCUCCUCGCCAUGCAUUAAAAUGGACCAGGCCUCAACAAAAUGGUGAAUGAUCGGUUUGGAUCGUGCUUGAUCGCAUAUUGUGGAUAUAAGGCUGCAAAUGUUUGAAGAUGUAGCAUUUUACAAUUUUGUAUUAUUUUUCAAUAUUGUUUAAUAUUGAAAGUCAAAAAGAUUUUGAUGUUAAAAAUAACUUUCUCCCCAGUGUGAAUUGCUUGAUCAUUUUUCCCAUACAUAGAUGCAGCCUCACUAAGAUUAUUCAGUGGUGGGUUUUAAAGAUACAUUUUGUAACUUGUUUUGUGCUGUUCUAGAGUUUUCUACUGGAUGAUGAAAUAUCCAAAGAGAAAUACCAUUGUCUGAUGUAACAUCCCUUUUGUUAAAAAAAAAAUUCUACAGUAAAAAUUGAUUUGAGGCACUUGUUUAAUGAAUCAGUUACUGUUGUAUAUUUGUAAUUCCUGUAUUUAGGGUCAUACUUGUCAUUCAGCAAUAUUUUUUAAAUUAGUCGUAGAUUAACAUUGUACUUAGUGUUAAAUCCCUUUGAUUGUAAUUGUUCUACAGAAACAAUAAUUACUUACAGAGGAACUUCGAAAUUCAGAUGUUUGGAAUCCGGAUUAUCCGAAUAAGAUCUCAAGGUCCCGAUUUCUUGGCUAACUGUGUUAUCUAGCAUUCAAUUAUCCAAACAAAAUAUUCCCUAUCCGUGUUAUUCGGAUAGUCGAAGUUCCUCUGUCCUUCUGAACUUUACCACUGUCCAAAAGGGAUCCAGUUAUGCCACACUAUGUCCCAGAAAUUUGAAACCACAGCAGUUAAACAUUUAGGGCACAACACUUCCUGAAACUAGUUUUGUGACAGAAAAAAAAAAUCAACUUGAAUAUUAUUUUAUAAGCUAUAUUUUAUUUCCAUUGGGUUUUGAAAUCAGUUUUUUAAAAAAAUUAUUCCGGUUGGGAAUUGUUUGGUACCUUGAAAUAUGGUUAAGUGCAGUAACUAAGUUGCAUGUUUGUUUUGGCUUCUCCAGGUUCCUCAUUUGAAGUUAGUUAUUGAAAUGAUGGCAUUAUUUGCAAAUGAAAGAACUCUGUUUUUUGUUACAAAAUUGCUUGCAGUCUUGUUUAAUGACAUAAAACUAUGAUUGCCAGUAAUAAGACAACUGGUUGAAUACAAAAUAAUUUUAAAUCAACUGUACAAUCUCCAUCGGCAGGUAGAUUCUGUUCCACUACUUGCAUAGACCCAAACUUGUGGCUUGUUUGCAAAUGCUCAAAUGGUUCAAGUCAAAAUGUGCCUGAGAAGAUUGAUUUAGUACCUACAGGCACAAAACAUACAACUGGAUUAUCUUCUUAGUUGUUUACAUUACCACUUGUAUUUGAGUAAUUACAUGGUGUGAUGUCAGCAUUAAGAACAUUAUUUUGAAUCAAUGCAUCUCAAUUAACAGCACUUUCUGAAAAAUGUUUCUUGCAUUUCCCCUUGCAACAUUUUAUUUUGUUCUACAGAAGAUCAUACUGAGGAAGUUAGUAAUGUUUUGAUUUUCUUGUGCAAUAGUCAAAUUCAUUAGCAGGACCCCAUUAGGAAUCCUUUUCUUGCCUAAUUGUUUUUUCAUGUCAUUGAUUUCUCUGGAACAUGAUUGGGAAUUACAAGAGGUACAACAAAAUCAGGAAAUCAUAAUGGUUAAAUUUCAUUCAUUUCAAUGGCACAAUGCAUAAUUUCAAGUAUUACAAUAAUGCCAUUUGAUA